CAGCCGAUUAAUUCAAUAUAAGUAAGACAUCACAUGAUAGAUGUUUUGCAUCUUAAUUGUAAGCUUUCAACUAGAAAAAAAUUGUCCCUGAAUAAAUCUAUGGCUUUUGACGGUGCUAGUGUUCUCUUCUACAUCUUCUCUUUACUAGCUUUACUAAUUUUUAGUUUUGUUAUCAACAAUAAACGAACCAAAAAUGACAAUGACUCCAAAAUUAAACCCCCUCCAAGCCCACCAUCACUACCCAUCAUAGGACACCUUCACCUUAUAGGCUCAAUCAUACCAAAAUCAUUCCAAACACUUUCUCGCCUCUAUGGCCCACUAAUUCAGCUCAAUCUUGGUGCCUCAACUACACUAGUUGUCUCCAAUGCACAAGUUGCCAAACAAAUCUUGAAAACACAUGAGCUUAAGUUUAUUAACCGACCCCAAUUCGGAUCCUCACAUUGUAACUGUUACAAAGGGUCUAAUUUCAUCACUGCCCCAUAUGGUCCUUAUUGGAGAUUUAUGAAGAAAAUAUGUGUUACUAAAUUACUCUCUACCUCACAACUUGGUUGCUUUUUGCAUAUCCGAGAGCAAGAGAUAGAGAAGCUAUUAAAAUCUCUUGUGGUGUGUUCUAGUGAUGGUAGGUCAACGGAUUUAUGUACGGACCUCACUAUUUUGGCCAAUAAUAUUUUUUGUCGCAUGACUAUGGGAACUACUUGCUUAGAACAUAAUGUUGAUGCUGAGACGAUUCUAUAUUUGGUUCGGGAAAUCACGCAUAUAGGAGCUAAAUUGAGUAUGGGUGAUGUACUUGGACCUUUGGGAAAGUUGGACUUGUUUGGGUAUGGGAAAAGGCUUAAGAAAGUGAUGGGUGAAUUCGACAAGAUUUUGGAACGGAUCAUGGAGGAUCAUGAAGAGAGGAAAAUCGAGGAUUCUCAAGGAGAUAUGAUGGAUAUUCUAUUACAAGUGUAUACAAAUCCAAAUGCUGAAGUGAGGUUAACAAGGAAUGAUAUCAAGGCCUUAUUCCUAGACAUUUUCCUAGCUGGAACAGACACAACCUCAGUGGCAAUGCAAUGGGCCAUGGCAGAGAUAAUGAACAACCCAAGAAUAAUGAAAAAACUAAAGGCAGAGAUUGAUGUUGUGGUGGGAACAAAAAGAUUGGUAAAAGAAUUCGAUGUUCCAAACAUGCCUUACCUACGAGCUUUUGUAAAGGAAGUUCUAAGACUACAUCCCCCAGCACCGCUUGCUCUAAGACAAUCAGUUGAGGACUGCAAAAUCAACGGCUACGAUAUAAAGGCCCAAACAAGGACACUGAUCAAUGUAUAUGCCAUUAUGCGGGACCCACAAUCUUGGGUCAAUCCAGAUGAGUUUAUACCAGAGAGGUUCUUAGCUGGUGGUGAUGGGAUCAACGGUGGAGAUUAUGAACAUGCGAAUAAAAUGGACGGUGAUGAUUUCAGGCAUAUUCCAUUUGGGUUUGGUAGGAGGGGUUGUCCUGGUUCAUCCCUUGCUUUAACGGUUAUACAAGUCACAGUUGGUGCGUUGAUUCAAUGUUUUGACUGGAAAGUCAAAGGUCGAGAUAAUGUUAACAUGGAAGAAGGCUCUUCAUUUUCUGCACGAUUAGCUAACCCCAUACUUUGCUACCCUAUUACUUCUUUUAAUCCUUUUCAUGUUAGUGCUUAGUAAUGCAUUUUCCAAAAUAUAAUGUUUCUUAAGAUUUAAUACAAUCAUUUUCACAUUGUAAUUUUAAUGGACAAACUUCAAAUCUUGUAUGAGAAGAUUGUAAAAUAAUUAUUAAUACCAUUAUUAUUAA